CCCACCCGAAUCUCAAAGCGCAUCGUCCCGAACAGCCUCAGGUCAGAGCGAGGUCCUGGUCGAGAGAGAGCGGCGAGCCUGACCUGACGGGACCCCUACCUCGCCGGCGGCGGAGCCGAGAUGGUGGUUGCGGAGGGCAAGAGGUGGCGGUUCGCGAUGGUGUGCUCGUCCAACAUGAACCGAAGCAUGGAGGCGCACUCGCAGCUGGGGCGCGCGGGGCUCGACGUCGAGUCCUACGGCACCGGCACCCACGUCAAGCUCCCCGGCCCCUCCCUCCACGAGCCCAACGUCUACGACUUCGGCACCCCCUACGGCGCCAUCUACGACGACCUCCGCCGCAAGGAUCCCGACCUGUACAAGAGGAACGGGCUGCUGCCAAUGCUGAAGAGGAACACCUCAGUGAAGCUGGCGCCUCAGCGGUGGCAGGAUAAUGCUGGUGAUGGGGUGUUUGAUAUGAUAAUGACCUUUGAGGAGAGGGUCUUUGACUUGGUUGUUGAAGAUAUGAACAACCGCGAACCAAAGCUGAUGAAGAGUGUGCCGAUAAUCAAUAUGGAUGUCAAAGAUAACCAUGAAGAAGCUGGUGUUGGGGCAAAGCUUGCUGUAGAGUUGUGCCAGAAGCUUGAAGCAAUUGACGGUGACUGGGAGGAAAUUAUCGAUGACUUGAUUAAUGGAUUCGAGAAGCAGCACAAGCGGAGGCUUGCAUACAGCAUCGCAUUCUACUAACUUGUAUAGUCCUGUGCGGGACACAGAGGCAGCAAUGUAUGGUCGAUAACUCUGGCAUUCUAGUAAAAUCUGCAAUGAAGCAUCAACGUUGUGGCAGUGUCGCUCAGGUUUUUCCACGCUGAAGAAUUAACCUAAGAAAAAUUAACUGGUAGCUGUUUUCAUUGUUUUAUCAGUGUUGGAUGGUACAGAUGACGGUGAUGUUGAAUCGAAGCCAUCAUCUCAUCCAAGUUGUAAUGUUGUUUAGAUUUGAGUCAUGAGUCUAUGCGAGUGGAUAUCUGGGUUCUGUUUGGAGUUGUUGGUAGGUAGUAAUAAAAUUCAGAAAGCAAAGCCAUGUAAACAGGACAUGCAUUUCCGCUGCCUGACUGACUAAAAAUCACUCGGAAUGCAUUCAUGUAUUUUUCCGUCACA